AUGCGAAGUUUGUGUAGACUUUCUCACUCUUCCAUUUUUCUUCUUCUGUUUUUCUUCUGUUAUCAUGGCACACAUGGGUUUGGCACCAUGGGACCAAUCUCUGCUUCGUUCGGAGAAGACGAGUUGUUCUGUGCAAUCGACGCGAGUGGGAAGCAAGAUGUGAUUUGUUGGGGAAAGAACACAACCUCGCCACCACUUUCAUCACAAUAUUCUUCUUCUUCUUCCUACUUCAGCAACAUCCCUGCCAUGUCAGCAAUUUCCGGCGGCGAAGGGUUUCUCUGUGGCAUUUUAGCGAACACCUCCCAAGCAUACUGUUGGGGCGCAACCGCGAGGCCCACCGUAGAUCUCGUUCUCGUUCCUCCGGCGUACCGGAACAUCGCUUACUCCCACAUCGCCGCCGGCAAGAACCACGUCUGCGCCGUCAGAGGAUCCUACUUCGCCGAUCGCGAUUCCGGAACCGUGGAUUGCUGGGAAAUCUCGAGAACCGCGAAUGACACGUUGUUGGCCAAGCUGAACGACUCGUUCAACGACCAAUCCGCCGGAAAUCUAGAGCUGAACCAGAUCGUCGCCGGCGAGGGGUUCACCUGCGGCGAGGUCAGAGACGGAGGAGGGCUAGUUUGUUGGGGACCCACUUCGGCGAGCUUGGGCGUUUGGAACGUGUCGGAGAGUUUCACGGUUUUUGCGUCGGGGAGAGGCUCCGUUUGCGGCGUUUCCAACGUUUCCGGCGAUUUGAAGUGUUGGGGCGAUUCGGGUUCGUAUUCGGAUCCACCACCCGUUGAGGUUCGGUUGGUGUCUCUCUCUGCUGGGGCUAACCAUUUCUGUGGUGUUAGAAAGGAUAAUCACUUGGUGGAGUGUUGGGGCAGUUUCAAUUCCUCUGUGGUUCCUAAAGGUUAUGGCUUUAUGGCUAUUGCUUCUUCGGAUUACACCACUUGUGGUAUUAGGGAAGAUGAUCUUCUUUUGGAUUGUUGGUUGGUGAAUGCUUCAAAGCCUGAUUUUGAUCCUCCUAUGGAGCUUUCUAGUCCUGGUCUUUGCAGGGCUAGUUCUUGUGGUGUUGAAGAAUUUGCUUUCAAUGUAAGUGUUCUCAAUGAGCCAGAUUUGACAAGCCUGUGUGUUAGACAGGAUUUGAGGAUUUGUUCACCUUGUGGGUCAAAUUGUUCUCAAGGUUUCUUCUUGUCUAGCCCUUGUACUCGAAACGAGGAUAGAGUUUGCACUGCUUGUUCUCUUUGCCAAAACAGUUCUUGCUGGGGUGUUUGUGGUCUUCAUUCUUCUGUAGAGAUGCAUUGGCAUCAUUUCCGUAGAUGGAUGAUCAUAAUUGGUUCCUCUGUGUUGGGUUUCUUGCUGAUUUUGACUUGUGGGUGUCUUUUGCCACGUUUGACUGCUUGUGGAAAAGCACAAAGGCAGGGGACAAAGAAGCAAUCCAAGUCUUGCAUUGGUAAACCUGAGCAAGAGGAUGAUAUGAAUGUUGGUCUUCACUCUUCUCCUUCUGUUGCUUCAUGUCCUGGGCUGCCUCAGGUUUUCAGGCUUUCGGAGUUGAAAGAUGCUACAAAUGGGUUCAAGGAGUUUAAUGAACUUGGUAGGGGAAGUUAUGGGUUUGUUUACAAAGCUGCAUUGGCAGAUGGGAGAGUGGUUGCUGUGAAGAGAGCAAAUGCUGCCACAAUAAUACACACAAAUAACCGUGACUUUGAAAUGGAGCUUGAUGUCCUCUGCAAAAUCCGUCAUUAUAAUAUUGUAAACUUGUUGGGUUAUUGUGCUGAGAUGGGGGAGAGGCUGCUUGUUUAUGAGUAUAUGCCUCAUGGGACACUUUAUGAUCACCUCCAUGGUGGUCUUUCUCCCCUUAAUUGGAGCCUCAGGCUGAAGAUAGCUAUGCAGGCUGCAAAGGGCAUUGAGUACCUUCACAAGGAACUAUUGCCUCCAAUUGUUCAUAAGGAUCUCAAAAGUUCAAACAUUCUUUUGGAUUCAGAGUGGGGGGCUAGAAUUUCAGACUUUGGACUUCUUACUUCAAGUGACAAAGAUCUUAUCGGGGACUUGGAAAGUGAUGUUUACAACUUUGGGAUUGUAUUACUAGAGAUUCUAAGUGGAAGGAAGGCUUAUGACAGAGAUUUUACACUCCCAAACGUUGUUGAGUGGGCAGUGCCUUUGAUCAAACAAGGGAAAGCAGCUGCCAUAAUUGAUAGGUCUGUGGCUCUUCCAAGAAAUGUUGAGCCUUUGCUUAAGCUUGCUGAUAUAGCAGAGCUUUCUGUCAGAGAGAAUCCAAAGGAGCGUCCACCUAUGUCAGAAAUAGCAUCUUGGUUGGAGCAAAUUGUGAAGGACGGGUUGAUCUUAUAG